CGCGGGCUUCGUCCAGGUCACCACCUUUCACCCCCCCCUCCCUCGCCACCCCGAUACGUGGAUUCACCCGCUCGGGCAAGCAUCGCGUACACCAACACCCCGCCACGAGCCCACGAGACAUCACCGAACAGCAGCCGGCAUGGAGGAAGCCGGUAACGACAAGGGCCGCUUCCAAGUGAGCGUACAGCCCGGCGAAGAUGGGGAGAACUACGCGUACACGGACACGCACACCAACACCUACUACUCGCGCACGUUCGGCCACAACACGCUGGACCCGGUGCCCAACUACAACUACUACUGCCGCACGGGCACCAUCCAUGGCAAGAAGCUGCCCAGGCCCAGCAUUCACGAGCUGCAUGCCACCUACGUUCCGCCGGAGCCGACGGGUCUGGCGGGGGUCUACGACGACCCCGAGGCCGGGCAGGAGGUGGAGGAAGACGGCCCCAAACCCCCUGAGCCCAUCCUCUUCGGCUGGUUCCGUGGUGUGGGGAUGCGUGUGAUGGUGAACAUUUGGGGAGUCCUCAUGUUCCUCCGCCUGCCGUGGAUCACGGCGCAGUCCGGCAUCGGUCUCAUGUGGCUGAUCAUCAUCAUCUCCUGCAGCAUCACCAGCACGGCUUGCCUGUCCCUCUGCGCUGUCUGCACCAACGGCAAGGUGUCUAGAGGCGGCUCCUACUUCUUGAUCUCGCGCACCCUCGGCGUGGAGCUCGGAGCGCCCAUGGGCGUCAUCUACAGCUUCGCCUCCUGCGUCUCCAUCGCCUCGCACACCGUGGGCUUCGCCGAGACCCUCAGGGACAUCCUGCACGGCGGGAAUCUGAUCAUGGUGGACAAGGUGAACGAUCUGCGUAUCAUCGGAGUCAUCGCCGUCACCUUUCUACUCGGCAUCGCGCUGGCGGGCUUGGCCUGGGAGAACAAGGCUCAGCUCAUCUUCUUCGCGUUGAUCAUCAUCGCGCUGCUGGACUAUCUGCUGGGGACCGUCAUGCCUUCCCCCCUCGAUAAGCAGGCCAAGGGUUUCUUCGGCUACAACACAAAAAUCUUUAACGACAACUUCACCCCGUCUUUCCGCGGGCCGUACGACUUCUUCAGGCUGCUGGGCAUCUUCCUGCCCUCCGUGACGGCCAUCCUCACUGGCGCCAACAUUUGUGGAGACCUGAAGGAACCAGCCACAGCUAUUCCCAAGGGGACCUUUCUGGGCAUUGCCGUCACAGGAUUGUCCUACGUCAUGAUUUCCACCACCAUCGGCUCCGUCGUGCUGCGAGACGCCACGGGCAACCUCUCCGACUCCCUGACAUACAUAGCGCCCCUGAUAAACAACACGAACAUCACGAGCACCGCCAUGCCCAGCAUCCUCUCCACCGUGCUGAGCAGCACGAUCAACUCCACCAUGCUGAGCAGCACGAUCGACUCCACCAUGGCGACCGCCAACACCACCAUGGCGAUCGCCAACUCCACCGUGGCGGCCGCGCGCGUGUGCACCUUCACCAAGACGGGGUGCGAUCUCGGCUGGAACUUUGGCGCUUGCAACGUGACUACGAGCAUCGCUCCUGGCUUCAGUCCCUGCAGCUACGGCUUCAUCAACCAGUACCAGGUCAUGGCGAUGGUGUCUGCGUGGGCCCCCCUCGUCUACGCCGGCAUCUUCGGAGCCGGCCUCUCCUCCGCUCUGGCCUCUCUCAUCAGCGCGCCCAAGUGCUUCCAGGGAGUGGCCAGGGAUAACAUUUACCCUGGAAUCACGAUCUUUGGCAAGGGCUAUGGCAGGAACCAAGAGCCCAUUUUUGGGUACCUGCUGGCCUACACCAUUGGAAUUUGCUUCAUUUGCAUUGCUGACCUGAACCUGAUCUCGCCUAUCACGGCCUGCUGCUUCCUGAACACCUACGUCAUCCUCAACUUCAGCGUCUUCCACUCCAGUGUGGUGAAGGCUCCAGGCUGGCGGCCAGACUUCAAGUACUUCCACCCGGCGAUCGCCAUCAUCACCAUGGUGUUUGACAUUGUCAUCAUGUUCCUGAUCCUGUGGUGGGGAGCCGUCCUCUCGCUGGGAAUCUGGGUCGUGCUCUACUUCUACUGCAUGUACAAGAAGCCAGAGGUCAACUGGGGUUCAUCAGUGCAGGCGAUGGGCUUCCAGACCGCUCUAGCCACAACACUGAACUUGGACAACGUCAAGGAGCACAUCAAGGUUUUCAGGCCCAACUGCCUGGUGCUCACGGGGCCUCCGCACCUGCGGCCGGCGCUGGUCGACUUCGUGGGCACCUUCACCAAGGGCGUCAGCCUCAUGGUCUGCGGCAACGUCGUCGUGGCGGGCCCCAACAAGAACCAGAUCUGUGACUUGCGGCAGACAGAGCACGGCAAGUGGCUGCGGCACCGGAACAUCAACUCCUUCUACACGGCGAUCGUGAGCAACAGCCUGAACGAGGGCGCCUCUGCGCUGCUCCAGAGCACGGGGCUUGGCAAGCUGCGUCCCAACUUGGUCUUCCUCGGCUUCAUGAACUCGUGGCUCGGAGAGGACCCCGCCACCGUGCACGACUACGUGCAGAUCAUCCACAACGUGUUCGACUACAGCAUGGCACUGGCCAUCCUGCGCGUGAAAGAGGGCCUUGACAUCAAGAAUAUGCCCGAAGUUCAAGCCAGCAUCAGGACUCCAGUCAACAUGGCUUUCCAGUUCGAUGGCAGCGGCGGCGGCGUUGGGAAGGUGUCCGGACUUGUCGCGAAAUCAGCCUUGAGCAUGGACGUGGAUCAGACCGAAGACAAGAACGGCGCGCCAGAGGCGAUGCCCCAGAUCAGCACCGUGUUCCAGUUCAGCCAGGGCAAGAGGACCAUCGACAUCUACUGGCUCUUCGACGACGGCGGCAUGACUCUGCUCAUCCCCUACCUGCUGAGCAAGAAGAACCGAUGGGGCGAAUGCAAGAUGCGCGUCUUCAUGGCAGGGAAGCUGGACCGGCUGGAGGAGGACAAGCAGAACAUGUCGCGGCUCAUCGCCCGCUUCCGCCUGAACGUGGACGACGUCAUCAUCCUGACGGACGUCAACAAGAAGCCACGUGCCGACAAGAUGAAGUACUUUGAGGACCUCAUCAUGCCGUACCGGCUCAACGACGGAUUCAAAGACCCCGCCGAGGUGGAGCAACUGCGCAAGGAUUGCCCCUGGAAGAUUUCCGACCACGAGAUUCUCACCUUGCGCGAGAAGACCAACCGGCAGCUGAAGCUGAACGAGCUCAUGCACGAGCACUCCAAGGACGCCGCGCUCAUCGUCGUGAGCAUGCCUGUGAUCCAGAAGGGACGAUGCCCGUCGGCGAUGGGCAUGGCCUGGCUGGAGGUGCUCAGCCGGGAUCUGCCCCCAGUGCUCAUCAUGAGGGGCAACCACACCAACGUGCUCACCAUCUACAGCCAGUGAUCCACCCCGGCACGGCCCAGCCACACAUUCACCCCCGCUCGCUCGCUUGCUCACACGCACGUGCUUACACACGCGUGUAUGCUACAUUUGCAUGCACAUGCGAAUGUACAGUCGUACACGCCCUUGUAGACGCAUCACCAAAGGCAGUGGUGGCGCUAGGCACAGAGCAAAAGCUUAGGGACAAAGCAGCUCAAUGGGGCCUUGGAUUAAUGAUAAAACAUUGGGGGUAUGCACGAAAUAGCAUCUUAAAUUCGAAUAAACGUAACGAGCUAAUUAACAUAAACCAGCUCGUUAAUCUCUCUCAUCUCUAUUUUGUCUGCGUAUCUCUUCUCGUAUCUCGGUACAUCUCUACGUUUUGUCUGUACCUCUUCUAGUCUUCGCGCAUUUUACACGUUUAAAAAGUGGCGCUCGCAAAAAUAGUUACGGCUUAUGGCGCGUCCCCCCCCCCCCCCCCCCCCCGCAAUGGGUUAAGCCCCACACCACUGAACGCACCUGUGUAAGCAUCGUCACACAUCAUUGUAUACACGUGUGCACGUCAGAUAUGCAGGCGCACGCUUUCCCCGCACCUCCAAUUAGUACGGGUGGCUACGUACAGUGAGAAAGAAGUUGAACGUACAUACACUUUGAAGUGUGUCUGAAAAAGCUCAGUACAGUGGCCAGUUACGUUCAGGACCACCGAUAAUAGAGCGGUAGUGAAGCUUCGUUUUAAAUAUAUACGAAUACACCUUUGGCAAUAUUUGCUGGCCAAUAAUGACAACCAAAAGUGCCGAAUUAGUCAACGAGAACGCGACGGAAUUGUGUUCCAUUUUUAAAAGAAGCUGGGCUCCCACUAGAUGACUGAGUCCCAAUUGAUAUCAUGCAACGAGCUAAUCAAAUGAAUGAGCGCCUGUAAUCCUACUUAUAUAAUAUAUAGAGUUAUAAAUUGCGAUGUUGAAAUGUAUAACCUGGGUAAUCUGCACACUGUUUUGUUGCCUGUGAAGGCUGUACAAUUAUCACUUUUAUUUUCGCAUUGUGCACUUAUAAACAGAUGUAAACUCCGGAGAGACGUGUAAACACUGAUGAAGCUUGGCAUUUGGUGGUCAGUCUUUGAACAAGCGAUUACCUGUAAUUAGGCAACUGCAUUUAUAAAAUGUGAAUGAAAUGCUAAGGUUUUCAGCUCUUUAUUGCCAGUGCGGACUGCAGAGCAGUUGACCUUUAACAUCAAUAUGAAGAGCACAACAUGUGUGAACUGUGUCAUCCCAAGUGGCCCAUUCACUUAAGAACUACAGUAGAACUUCCCUUAUCCGACUCCCAUUAUCCCUGGAACCUACAUGGUCUACAUAACCUCCAAUUAUGCACGCACAUAUUCUCACUAUUAUCUGCGUUUGCAAGUGUUUCUUUCCCAUCAUGGGUUACGGCACGGCUUCCUGUUGAGAGCUAAUUGGCAAAAUGUAUCUUGUUUGCGAUUAGCUGCCAUUUUUCACGGAUGCCGGGGAUUAAAUUCGCAAAAUAAAAUCGCGGAUAAUGGGAAACAAAAUGUUUAUCACCCCCCCCCCCCCAAAUCACCGUGGAUAAGAGUUAGACUGUGGAGAAAGAGUUAUUUGCACGUGAAACUUAUGGCCGGAUGAAGUGACAAAUGUAACAUUUGAAUGCGGGCGAAAAGUCUCUAGGGAUUGCCGGGUUGUCACAGCGCUGUGCCAUGUGUCCAGUUUGCAGCCGGCAGUUUGAUUCCUGCAGCCGGUAGUUUGGUCAGUUUGCAGCCAGCAGUUUGAUUCCUGCAGCUGGCAGUUUGGUCUGUUUGCAACCGGCAGUUUGAUUCUUGCAGCCGGCAGUUUAAUCAGUUUGCAGCCGGCAGUUUGAUUCCUGCAGCUGGCAGUUUGAUCAGUUUGCAGGCGGCAGUUUGAUUCAUACAACCGGCAGUUUGGUCAGUUUGCAGCCGGCAGUUUGAUUCUUGCAGCCGGCAGUUUAAUCAGUUUGCAGUCGGCAGUUUGAUUCUUGUAGCCGGCAGUUUAAUCAGUUUGCAGCCGGCAGUUUGAUUCUUGUAGCCGGCAGUUUAAUCAGUUUGCAGUCGGCAGUUUGAUUCCUGCAGCCUACCAAAGGGUCGCUGUUCAACGUCAUCAAAGCGUGCCACCGGAUGCAAAGUUGACAUUAAAAGAUCUAUAACAGUAACGCUUGAAAGCUGGACUAUUGAAUUAUGGUACUGUUGUUAAUAAAUAUAUAAAAUACACAAAUUGUAUUGUUAUCCAUAAAAACCCUCGCCCCCCCCCCCCUUGUUACAAUAUAUAAUUUACGUUGAUGUUCAGACGAUUACAAAUGUUUGACCGCGUACUUCGCCAGGAGGAUGUACACAUGAGACGCUACUUUUUAUCUGGAUUCCAGUUGAUCGUUGCUCCAUGUAAAGGUCGCAUCUGCACAGCGAUCUCUGCUCACCUUACAUGACGCUUCUAUCGAAUUUCCACCACCACCUAGCAUGGAAGAGGCCCUCAAUGGGAGAGGUUCUCUCGUGCUCGCUCUAGGGGAAGGGCCACUCUCUCACCAGCAGUGGUGUGAGCAAGCAAUUGCCACUGUGUGGCAGGGUAAGCCACUUUCGUGCACUCACCCCAACACACUGUGUGCAUUCCCGCACAGGAAGAUUGUUCUGCGGUCAAGUAAAAAACAAGAUGAACUCUUGUGUAUUUUGCAAAGACUGCAGCAUUAGUAAUCCUUUGACAACGACGGGGUUACAAAAUAGCUUUGCAUUUGUAGACAACAACAAAACCAACUUUGAGGGCAUUUCCAUCCUUUAAACUCUGCGCUAAGACUUUGUGUGAAGACGACUGAAGCGUGUAGACUCCACUUGGGGUUCUUCCCUUUGCGUUUCCUUUCCUCCUUCACCAGACGGCGGUGUCCCUUCACCCAUCAGCUCGACUCUCAAAUGGAAACGGGUUCAUUCUGUGGCAGCAAGUCUCAAUGAGCACACAUUAAACAAGUGCUUGCACUUUCAAUGCUCUCAAUGCCAGUGUAUGGGUAUACCACCACACUGUAUUAGCGAUGGCCCCUGUUGUCUGCAUUGGAGAUUUUAACGUUGUAUUUUCUACCUCUCUCAAGCAGCUGUACCUUGUUUUCUUCGUGAUCAUUAAAGUUAUCCAAAUCGUG